AUGGAUCUCAUCGACCUCACCGGUGACAGCGAUGCCGACAUGGCAACCAGUCAUGAACCAACGAAGCGCAUCGGAGCGAACGCCUCGCCGCAGAUUAAAUUCUCAGAGAGCCGUUUCCAACUCCAGGAUUCAUUGCCUUCUCAUGGCCAUGCCAAUCCACGACCAACUUCGCGCUCAAGCGAGCCAUCGGGGUCUCGUCCAAGGGGCCAAAUGAACACAACCCCAUCCAAGCCCACCAAGUCCGAAUCCUCAUCUGCUCGGGCCCACAGGGUCAGCAAGGCUUCGCCAAUCCAGCUGACUCCAAACCCAGUUCUCAGAAUGGCUCCUCGCAGUACCACACCACAGCCAAGCAGAGAUGCGCUGUCUCAUCAGGCGGUCGAGAGCAGCCCUUCGUUCCAGACUCCCCGCAGGGACGAUUGGAAUGUGGACAGGAUCGAGCACGCUCUUUUCGACUUAUCGAAGGAGCUUGAUUGGAACCACGCCAAGCUGGUCAACUACAACCUGCGGACUGCCGCCGCACAGAAGACCCCAGGGCGACGACACGUGAGCUCUACUGCGUAUCUGGCCGACCUCAGAUUGUCUGUGCUGCCAUAUGAGACCUCGCAAGAGGGCACCAUGAAAGUCCAUCUCAAGACACAUGGCUCGAAGGAUACGGCUCGUGCCAACUCGGGGAGGAAGAGGAUGGCUUACGAGGUCGUCUGCAUCAAAUCUGACAAGCCACGAGUCCCGCAAUACAAGUUCCAUCAUGUGGAGAUCUCGAGGAAUAUCUUGACUCCGAACACAAUGUUGAAAUUCAUUCCUCAUCUCCGUGACAUGAAGGACAACGAAGAAGAGCGAUACACUCGCUGGAUCAAGGAGCUCGAGGCGAUGGACGCCCAGUCCGGUUUCAACGUUACUUCUCUCAAUAGGGGCGACAAGAUGAGAAAGCGACUCCGGGAAGAAAUAGCUGCCGAGAUCUCCCUUUACAUUGACCGGUGGAUCGCAAAACUGGGCCUGGACAACUGCAGCAAGUCCACCCUCGUCCGCUACAUGGCCACACAUUCUGAGCACAAUGACAAAAUGACGCCACAGCAAAAGAAUAGCAUCAUCCACAGACUCGAAGACGUGAGCUCACCACGCGCCACCAAGACUGCGAAAAUGUUCACGGAAGCUUUCAACCACCUAUGGAAACACACCGAACUUACGCUGAAAGACGUGCUCGCUCAUGACGAAACGGUGGAGGCCGUUGUCGAGACCAAAAAGCUGGUCAAAGACGAGAAGCCUGAGGCUAAAUCAAAGGCGGCUGAACGGCUCUUGGAAAUGGUCGAGAGCAAUUUGCUGACCUACACCAUUCUGGGCUGCUUAUACUGCUAUUCGCACUCCUGUGAGCAUGGUGAAUAUGACCGCGACAACCAGCGGCGAUCACUUGGUGUCGAUUUGAUAGGGAGAUUCGGUGGCUUGAUGAGGCAGAACUUGGCUAAACACCUGCGGGACUCGGAUGCCUCUGCACAAGGGUCACCGGCUCGUUGCCGAAAUCUAUGCUGGCAGGACUACAGAUCCGGCAACAUCAAUGCUGACGUGGACCCCUGGUCUGACGAUGAGGUCGCACUCCUCCGAGGUCUCUAUGCUGCUUCGGCCGCCAGUCCAAGACUUUGUUCGAAUUUGCCUUGCCUUGUUUCAACAUUACUGGGACGGCCAUGUUGGGAUGUGUACAGGAAACAGCUCCAGCUUGACUUGGACAAAUACGAGUCUCUUUACGAGCUUGCGAGUCCUGAUACUGAUCCACCAAAGGUCAAACCUUUGGCUUGGUACGACCGUCACCGAAAGGAACUCAGGCAGGACUGGCAAGACCACCUCAAUGCUCACGAAUUCACCCGCCGCGAAGUCAAAGACCCUUGUACCCACAGCGGACCCUGUGGCAAGGGUUGCCCAUGUGUUGAUGCGAAGCUUCUAUGUGAACGCUUUUGCCGUUGCACAGCCGAGAACUGUGCCUACAAGUUUACAGGCUGCGCUUGCAAAGCUGAGGGCAAGACUUGCCUGCAAUCGAAGAAAGAAGGCAAGCCUUGUAUCUGUGUUCAGCUCAACAGGGAGUGCGACCCCGUGCUCUGUCAAGGUUGUGGCGCUUUCGAACGGGCAGACCCCAAGAAUGCCCACGAUACAGAGCUGCACUCAUAUGGCUGCCAAAACGUGUCUCUCCAGCGUGGUCUUUCCAAGACUGUCUUGCUGGGUGAGUCUCAAAUUGAGGGCUGCGGAUAUGGCCUAUUUACCGCCGAAGACAUUGCCCAGGAUGAGUUUGUUAUCGAGUAUCUUGGCGAAUUGAUCUCACACGACGAGGGUGUCCGGCGAGAGGCAAGACGCGGCGACGUCUUUGACGACUCUAAGCACAGUAGCUACUUGUUCACCCUGCUGGACUACGAGGGCAUCUGGGUCGACGCAGCCAUUUAUGGCAAUCUCAGCCGCUACAUCAAUCAUGCUUCCGAGUACGACAAGGUAGGAAAGAAGUUGGUCAAUAUUGUGCCCCAAAUUUUGUUUGUGAAUGGCGAUUACCGCAUCAAGUUCAAGGCGCAGCGCGACAUCAAGGCGGGUGAGGAGCUGUUCUUCAACUACGGAGAAAAUUUCCCCAAUCUCACCAAGAAGCUCCUUGACUCGAAGGAUGAAGAAAACCGACCAAAGCGCGGCGGCAGUGUUAGAGGUCGAGGUGGCCGCGGCCGUGGUGGACGAGGCAGAGGCAGAGGCAGCCUCAAGAUCACUACCACCGGGACUAAGAAAGCACCUAGAGCCUCCUUGGAUGAGGACGACGAGGUGUCAUCGAUUGAGCCCGUCGCCGUAGAUGAACAAGACAACGAAGAUGAUGGGGACUUUCGACCGGGGCGUUCGUAUAGACCUAGGAGAGGCGGCACUACUUUGGGAGCGCGGGGUGGACGCAAGCGAAAGAGGCACGCCUCGCAUGAACUCGACCCCGACGAUCCGCCACCUGCUCGUGCCACUAGAGGCGGACGUGUUAGAGGCAGAGGUUCGCGUGGGCGUCAGCGAGGCGGUGGCCGCGGUGGACGUCGCACCGCAACAAAUGUCGAGUCCACAACGACGACUGCAGCAUUUGCCUUGGACGGAACAGACGAAUCAUCUAGCAAUGGCACUGCGGCUUCCAUCAUUGAGGCCGCGCCUACGAUGACGACGCACGCAAUCCUCGGCACACCUAGUAGCCGUGCCGGGCGUGGCAAGCGUCGGAAACAACUCGAUGGUAACGACUCCGAAUCUGAAUUCAAGGUCCAUGUCCCUAGAUCAGGGGGCAGUCAGCACAGUCCCAGUUUGAGAAGGCGCACAAGGAGAGAUAUUCCGGACUCAGAUGAGGAAAUGGCGGACUUUGAGCACGAAGACAGCUUCACCCGCGGAGAAACCGCGGAUGGCAGUAGCCCGAUCGACCGGUCGCAACGCAAGAGGCAGAGGCCGGCUAGGUACCGCGAUCUGGAGGAGUAG